UACAGGCGCACAGAUAUUCCUGCACACAGAGAGCUUCAAAUCUGCCUAAGAACUCAGAGAGAAUGAGGGUUUUGCUCACUGUUGCUGCUCUUGUGGUCGGGGCUGGUACUGCCAGUGUCUCUCUGGAGGAUCUGGAGUUCCACACCUGGAAACUGAAAUUUGAUAAGAGUUAUGGUUCAGUGGAAGAAGAGUUUCAGCGUAAGAUGAUCUGGCUGGACAAUCUUAAGAUGGUCCUGGAGCACAACAUGCUGGCUGACCAGGGCCUCAAAAGCUACAGACUCGGCAUGAAUCACUUUGCAGACAUGGACAACCAGGAGUACCAGGCCAUGUUCAAAGGCUGCCUAAAAUCCUUCAACAGGACCAAGAGCCGCAAUGCUUCUGCAUUCCUCCGACAGACAGGGAGUGCUGCUCUGCCUAGAACUGUGGACUGGAGGGAAAUGGGCUAUGUGACCGAGGUUAAAAACCAAAAAACAUGUAGCUCCUGCUGGGCCUUCAGUGCAACGGGGGCACUCGAGGGUCAGAUGUUCCGGAAGACGAGGAAUCUGGUAUCUCUCAGUGAGCAGCAGCUGGUCGACUGCUCUUGGUUUUCAGGAAACCAAGGCUGCGCAGGCGGUUGGACAGAGCAUGCCUUCGAGUACGUCAUGCACAGUGGAGGCCUGCAGUCAGAGAGCUCCUAUCCUUAUGAGGCCAAGGAUGGGAUUUGUAGGUUCAAUCCAAAGAAUGCUAGUGCUACCUGCAGUGACUAUGAAGAGCUACCCAGUGAAGACGAAUAUGUUCUGCAGGAAGCCGUGGCCGUAAUCGGGCCUAUUUCUGCAGCCGUCAACAUCGAUCGUCAAACCUUCCAACUCUAUAAGUCAGGUGUUUAUGAUGAUCCAUACUGUAACAAGCAACCAAAUCAUGCUGUCCUGGUUGUUGGUUACGGCACUGACAGUUAUGGGGAAGACUACUGGGUUGUCAAGAACAGCUGGGGUGCUCAAUGGGGUGAAAAAGGUUACAUAAAGAUGUCCAGGAACAAGGAUAACCAGUGUGGUAUUGCUACAUUCACCAGCUAUCCUCUGGUUUAAAGAUGACACAGAGAGAGCAAAACUAACUCAUGGAGGAACUAAGCAGAGUCCGAGCAGGAAAAAUAUACAGAGAUUUACCUCUGUCCAGAAACAUUUGAAUAUAUUUAUCAACGCAAAAGUUAAUAAUUCUUUAAAAUGCUUUUACAUGUGUUUAUUUUUUCAACAUUUCUACUAGGAGUGAAAAACAGAGCAUUAAUCUGGUUGUGGACAGUCUCUGAGCUCUUUAUAUUUAAUAAACACAAUCCUCAUUGUAAUGCACUCCUUAACCUCUUAUUCUCCAGGGUAUAUUUUCCUUUGUCCACAUGAUCACAUCACAAGGCAAAUUAUUCACUAACUGCAAGAAAUAAAUGUACAUUUUUA